UAGGGCGCGAGAGGCGAGAGCCGCCCUCGUCGUUCAGCCGCCGCGGGACUUUGAGGGGCAGCUGCGGGCUCUGCAGCCUUGUCAUACUUCUCUGUGAUACGGCUGGGGAAUUAAGUCCUUCGACGAGCCCAGUGCAUAACUUAGGGUUUGUUCUCCGUAGAUUGGUGUGGAAGCCACUGAUAGUCUGAAAUAAAAAGGCCAUCAGUGUUCACCUCCUUCGUCCAUGCAAUGCCGUGGAUGGGGAGGGAGGAAGAGGAAACGCAAGUUUCUCCACAUGGGCGUUGAAGUUCUUGGAGGGCAAAUGUGAUGCCUUUCUAAAGGCUGACGAAUUCUCCUGUACGUGAAUGUUGAAACAGGAUACUCAUCUGCAAUUUUUAGACCAUGUUCUGACAAACAGAGUCAAGAGUAUUCAGCUUAUAUUUGAAAGAAGCACAGGAACUCUCAUAGACAAAAGCUCAUUAGACGAAACCACAUAUGAAAAGCUUGCUGAAGAAACACUGGAAUCGUUAACAGAUUUCUUUGAGGAUUUGGCAGACAAGCCGUUUACUUCUGAAGAUUACGAUGUCUCCUUUGGGAAUGGAGUACUAACAGUGAAACUGGGUGGAAACAUGGGAACUUACGUGAUCAAUAAACAGACACCAAAUAAACAGAUAUGGCUUUCUUCUCCAACCAGUGGCCCAAAGCGUUAUGACUGGACUGGAAAAAACUGGGUCUAUUCUCAUGACGGCAUUUCUCUUCAUGAUCUCUUGUCAAAGGAACUUUCACUUGCAUUAGAAAUUGAACUGGAUUUAUCAACUUUAAUACAUGCUGGAAGACAGCAUAAUUCUUGAUAUCUAUAAAAAUCCAAAGACAUUGAACUUUGAUCUGUUGCUUUCAUCCUACCAUAUACUAAUUUUAAUAUGUUUGUCCAAAUUUAAAUUCUCAAAACAUUUGUUGUUCAAACCAAUUUUAUUAAGCACUAAUGGAAAAAUAUAUAUAUAUUUGUCUUUGGCUUUACAUGUUUUGGUUCUUUGUCUUGUGUUGUAAACACAACAGUGCAUCCUAAUUCCUUAACCAGAAUGACACUGGAAUUACUACUGAGGACUACUAUUGGAACUAUGCCAACCAUAAGCCAUGCUAGUUGGGAAUGCUGGGACCUGUAGUCUUUAACAUAUUUGGAAGGUACUAUGGUGGUAAAAGCCGCAUUACAUUAUUUGGAUACAUUAAUACCACCAGCAUUAUGAAGAUGGUAUCAACUGUAGAAGUGUGAUAUUUGCAUGAGGGUGGCCAGCCAAACUGGAUGCUUUUGCUGCAUUCCAUUAUCAUUAACUUGUAUAAUAAUGGAAAUAUUCAAUGGGAUUUGCAUAUUCAAGUGGUACAUCCAAUAUAUCAUAUUACACCCCACCAUAGAAUGCCAGUGUAUACCACAAUUUCUCAAUAGCUUUUGAUAGUCCUCCAACAAUUCUUAUAAAAGUGAAUCUAAUUAGUGGAAUAUUUAUUUCUUUAAAUAAGCAGACUAAUUGAAAUAUUAUGCCUACCUAUUUCAUGUAUAGAAUUAGAAAACCUGAAUUUAUGUUAACCUUGAAAUGAGUGGAAAAUAUUUAAUAGUGAACUACAUAGAAAAACUAUGGGAUUAAGUGCAACAUUUUCAUUAAUUUAAUACAAGUUUAGAUUUUAAGAUGGGUUAAAGAAACUAGGACUGUGCAAAGCAUUUGAAAGAGGUGUUUUGCAAAGCAUGUUGCUGUGACCAGAAGACUUCUGAAAGUGUUAAAGCAGCCACAUCCUUUGGAAGGCUGUCAUGGCUGCUUCAAAAGCUAUCCAAUUCAUUGUCCUAAAUUACAGACCUAGAGAAUAUUGUAUAAUCUCUUAUUCUCUAGCUCAGAGAUAGGGAACUUCAGGCCCAAUCUUGGGUUGACCUAUAAUUUUCUGAGGACCAAAUAACACCAAAAGGCAAGGGCCAGGCUUCCUGAAACCUUAUUUAUAUAUGGCUCUCACAGAGUCACAUUGUUCUCACUUGGCCUUUCCUGCUGGGGUAGGCAGAGGAGGAGCAAGAUUUACUUGCUUUGGAAAGCCUCCCCCGCUUGGUGUGAGAGGCAGACCCAGGCUUUGGACAAAGAACAAGGCUUUUGUGGGACCUUCUCAACUUGAGAAGGACCCUUGCAAGCCAAAUUCUGUCCAUAGAUUGGGGGCUGCUGUAGUUAUGUACAACCCAAGAAUGAAUGCAAAUUUGAAACUGAACUCAGACAAAAGUGAAAUAAUGAUGGUUAGCACUUGACACCUAUAUGGGGUCGAGGUGGCUGGCUUUCACAACAUCGGGUUUUCUCUAAUUAGUCUCAUAGCCUUAGUUUGCUCUUUAUCUCAUCAUGAAAAUUGCUUCCAAACUUUGGAUAUAGCAAAGAAGAUUCAUGUAUUAUGAACUUCUUCUCUUAAACUCUGACCUAGUUUUUAUAGUUCUUCUGUCCUUCAAUCAUCGUGUCUUCCAGCAGUGAGCUAGGGUGGUAGUAAGGUAUAUAAAAAGUCAUUCUUCCAUAAGUAGCAUUAUAAUGGCUUUCCAAAUUAAUAGAGUUGUGCUAUAGGGGUUGAAGCAAAGAGGAAUUUGGGUUAUCCCCCCCCCCUUUAGAAUCUAAUAAUUUUAAAUUUAAUCUAAUAAUUAAGUGAAUAGUUAAAAAUUGUCUAAACAGGACAUCUUUUUUUUAACUAUUGUUGUAAACCCCGAGUUUAGCUCUCCACGUUUCUUCUUAAAUGUACUUUUUAAAAUAUUUGCUGAGACUUGAAUUGUGUUCAUGCUUGCCUGAUAUUUAAAUUACUGUGUACAAGGCAAAGUUCAACAACAGAAAGGUAAGUUCCUCCCCCUCAGUCUGCAUUUGUUGUAAAGAGUACACUGGGAUCUAUUGUUUGCUUAUCAUAAAAAUGCUACAAUGCAUUCUAACUUCUGGAGUUCUGCAUUCUCUCAAAUGUUAGAAAUGUUAAAUAUAUCUUCUGGAAUAGAGCACUUUGGAUUUUUAUUAAUAUUAUUUGUCAGAUCUGAACAUGAGUAACAUGAAGGAA